AUGGAGAACGCGCACUGUCCCGAGCAAACACGGCUCCUGAUCAUCGACACCGAUCCUGGCGUUGAUGACGCGAUGGCAAUCCUCAUGGCUGCCAACAGCCCCGAGGUGCAGCUGCUGGGCAUUACGACAGUGUACGGCAACGUACCUACGGCACUUGCCACCCAAAAUGCGCUGCGGCUGCUGGAGAUGUCCGGGCUGAGAGAGCGUGUGACUGUGGCCCAAGGAGCAGCCAGGUCCCUCAAGGCCGGGACAGACAUUGAGCGUAUCGCGGACUUCGUACACGGCGCCGACGGCUUCGGCGACAUUGGCCUGCCGCCACCGCAGGGACAGCAUCUCAUGGAUUGCUCUGCUGCGGAGUUUCUGGUUCGCUCAGUCAACCACCACCCUGGCCGUGUCACGAUAUUGGCUCUGGCGCCCCUUACCAACAUCGCGCAGGCGCUCAUGCUGGAUCCGCAACUGGCGGACAAGUGGGAUGAGCUGGUGGUCCUAGGGGGUGCGUUCUUCACCGGGGGCAACGUCAACCCGGCUGCGGAGGCCAAUAUCUUUGGAGAUCCCGAUGCGGCGGAUCUGGUUCUUGGAUCCACUUCUCGGCUCCGGAUCCUGGGGCUGGAUGUGACUCAGAAGUGCCGAUUGUCAGGAGAGCAACUAGAGGCCAUGCAAGACAAGGGCAAGUACGGCACCUUCAUUUCCAGGAUCUCCCAGUUCUACCUAAACUUUCACCGGGAGUGGUACGGCAUGGAUGCCAUCAUGUUGCAUGAUCCCACUGCCAUGGCCGCUGUACUGCAACCCGAGCUCUUCGAAUGGCGGGCGGGUGCCGUACGAGUGGCGUGCGAGGGGGUGACCAAGGGGCAAACCGUAAUGGACGCAAGCGUCAAAGGUUUCCAUGGCCACCACGGCUGGGCGGAUCGGCCGCGCGUGCGGGUGGCGCUGGGCGUGCAACAUGAAGCCGUGGUGCGACUGAUCCACGACCGGCUUACUGCAUAA